AUCUAGUAAUUAGUACUGAGUAAAGUAUUCCGGUCAGCUAUUCCCACUAAAUGGGAAAUGCGGGCAUUCGAAAUUGUGUUGAAUGUUUUAAAUAAUAUAAGAAACUUUAAAAUAUAUAAGAAUUAACUCUUACAAAGUUAGAAUUAGAAUUUGGAAGUUAUCAUUUUGAACUCUUGCAUUUUAGUCGCAUUGGUUUAUUCUUCCUCAGCCAUGUCUCUACCGACGAUCUUUGCUAAUGACGACACAUACUUUAGAAGUGCUGUGGGUUUUUUACAAAAGUACUCCUGGAUAUACCGUGAAGCCAAUACGUGCUGCCUCAAGUCUCUUAACGAUAUGCCUAGCAAUUUCAAGGAUUACUUUCUACGACUAUCAAAUGAACACCUUAACAAAUUUCCAUUUGUACAUGAGCAUUUAGACGGGUGUCCCAAGGAGGUGGAAUGCUUCCGCGAAGAGAUAGCUAAGCUGACACCUACUCAAACAGCUCUAUCAGCUCCCCCGUUGCCAAGGAACUUUUCUGGCAAUAACCGCAAGAUAGCAACCAAAAAACUUCAUGAAAUUGAACAGUUGGCAGCACACAUUCAUGGACACUGCGCAGAUACGCAAUUCAUAAUCGACUUGGGUUCCGGGCUGGGUUACCUCAGCGAAGCGCUGCUUCAGCGAAAUGAUAAUUAUUUGAUACUUGGCCUGGAAGCAGACGAGCAGCGAGUGCAAGCGGCGCGCCAACGCAGCCAGGAGCUGCUUCCACAGAAGACGCACAAAUCUAUUAGCUACCAGCAGCUAUUUAUCACAGCAGACGCCAGCUCCUGUGCUCGCAUCGAGCAAUACGCAUCUGAGCUGGCCGCGGGCAACGAAUUGCCAAGAGCGCUGCGCACAACUAUAAUUGGCUUGCAUGCCUGUGCGGACUUAAGCAUAAGCGCAAUGCUAUUAUUCUUGGCUAUGCCACAAGUGCGAUGUCUACAUAUAAUGCCCUGCUGUUAUCACAAGCUCGCGCUGCGCUGCGAAGCUGAAGGUCCAGCGGACGACAGCUCUGCCAGGAGCUCUUUCAUAAACUUUCCCCUCAGCAAAGUGCUUCGUGAGGCUAUGUCAGCUGAUUGUGCGGUCGCCUGGUUCAACCGACCGUUUAUGCGGUUGGCGUGCCAGCAGACCAACUCGCGUUGGCGCUGCGAUGCUCGCGCGCAUGCAGAGAACGGAAGUCGGAUGUUUGUGCGUGCCUUGGCGGAAGCCCUAUGCGAUGCCGACGAGCUGACGAAAGUGAAGCGGUACGAUACAAAAGAGGCGCGUGCCCAGGGCCCAACCCAACAGGAUGUGCUCACCUUUGCCGACAUACAGCAGAAAUAUCAGUUGUGGUCGCGGCAAACGGACCAGCCACUGGACUGGCGGUCCGUUCAUGAGACUCGCUUUGCUGAAAUAACCGAACUGUACGCCGAUGGUCGUGGCUCCCUUCUGGCUGAGGCAUUGUGUUGUUUGCAGGCCAGCAUACAGCAACUCUGCGAGAACGUGGUACUCUACGACCGUUUGUGUUACCUCAGGGAAGUGGCUGCAGCGCAGCAGUUGCGCCUGGAGGUGCGCUACGAAAAACUGUUUGAUGAGAAAGUAUCGCCGCGUUGUCGUGUCCUGAUUGCCGAAAAGUUGUGAUGCGGGCGGCCCAAGAAACGCUCGUGUGGUGGAUCCGGAUGACAUUGUUGCCCGUGCCGCUUAAUGCAAUUAGCAAGCACUUCGCCACUAGCUUAAAAAGCUGUUUAGACUUUAUGCUGGGCUUGGCAUGUGGACUCCACUCCGCGCGGGGACUCAGCCGUAUACCGCUAUCCGUUGCCAUCAAUUAAAAUCAAUGCCAGCUAAGAGAAACUUUCUGUAACGACGACUUACAGCAUUUUUUUCAUUUCGCAUUUUCUGUUCAAGAAACCAUUUUACGAGUAAGUGCUCUUUGCUUUUUGCUCAUUACUUGUAUCAGUAUGGGCCUUGCUAUGUUAAUUAAAUUUCUUGUAGUACCUAUGUGUAUAUACAUAUGUAUGUUUAGGUGGAAGCAAGUGUAUCGGGCCGCAGAGAAACAUAUACGCAACACAAAUGCAUUAGCGCAAAGGAAAUUGUUUUAUUAAGGGGAAUAUAUUGUCCUCUGAGCCCACCUACAUUAAAGAAUACUAUAAUUGUUUGUAGUUAGGAAUUUAACCAUGGCCUCCAUUGAUAAAAAAAAAUAUUAGAGAGCUGAAAGUGUCUUCAUUUCUAAUUGUAUUCAAAACUUGUAUCGAUAUGAAGUGCUAAAGCUACUUUAAAUCAUCCUUCAAAAACCCAUCCAUUUCAAGGAACUUAAUAUUUUGAGAAGUCAAGGAUUGAAUAUUUGCAAUGAAAACUUAACGCAAUUAAAAAAAAAAAACACCUUUUAGUAAUUAAGUAUAUAUUUUCUUGCAUUUAUUUAACGUUUACAAUUGUACGAGCGAAUAGGUAAUACAUGCCUGAAUUUUGUGCA